AUGUUGUCCUGUUUGGUCUGGCUCUCACUCCCCGACUUGGUUAACACCUUUGUGACCCCAGGAAAGUUACGCCUCAACAGGAGCCUAGAGAAGACUUUUGUCAUCCCGAACACCUCGGGUUUCUUUUCCUGGGAUAACGACAGCCUGGCUGACUGGCAGAGCUUUGUGGGCAGGAGCCGGUACGGAGCAGAGUCACAGAGCAUCACGGUGAAAGCCCUGCUCAUCACGGCGUACUCCUUCAUCAUUGUCUUCUCUCUCUUCGGCAACAUCCUGGUCUGUCACGUUGUCAUCAAGACCAAGCGCAUGCACUCCGCCACCAGCUUGUUCAUUGUGAACCUGGCUGUAGCCGAUAUCAUGAUCACACUCCUCAACACGCCUUUUACACUGGCUCGUUUUGUGAACAGUACCUGGAUAUUUGGGAAGGGGAUGUGCCAUGUCAGCAGGUUUGCACAGUACUGCUCCCUCCACGUCUCAGCCUUGACCCUCACAGCCAUUGCCCUGGACAGGCACCAGGUGAUAAUGCACCCUCUGAAACCUCGCAUAUCUACUGCAAAAGGUGUUAUCUACAUCUCUGUAAUCUGGAUCAUGGCAACAUGUUUUUCUCUACCGCAUGCUAUCUACCAAAAACUCUUUACCUUUGAAUACAGUGAGGAAGUUACCCGGUGCCUGUGUCUGCCAGAUUUCCCCGAGCCUGCUGACCUCUUUUGGAAGUACCUUGACUUAACAACCUUCAUUUUGCUCUAUGUCCUGCCCCUUCUGAUCAUCUCUGCUGCCUACAUGACAGUGGCCAAGAAACUCUGGCUGCGCAAUAUCAUCGGGGACGUCACCACUGAGCAGUACUUUGCCCUUCGCAAAAAGAGUAAGAAGACCAUAAAGAUGCUGAUGCUUGUUGUCAUCCUCUUUGCAGUCUGCUGGUUCCCCUUGAAUUGCUAUGUCGUCCUCCUCUCCAGCCAGACCAUCCACACCAACAAUGCCCUGUACUUCGCCUUUCACUGGUUCGCGAUGAGCAGCACCUGCUACAACCCCUUCAUCUACUGCUGGCUCAACGACAGCUUCCGAUCGGAACUGAAAGCUUUGCUCAACAUGUGCAGAAAACCUCCCAGGCCUGAAGAACAGAGGCUUCCCUCCACGGUCCCAUCCUGCCGACUGGCUUUUUUUAGGAGGUUGCAGGCCUCCCAGGUCCUUCCAUCAGCCUCCAACAUCCAGUCAGGAAAGGCAGACAUCUCUGCAGUUGAGCCAAUAGUAGCUGUGAGCUAAACGGUGGCCCUGGGAAAU